UGAUGCUGGGCGGUACCGGCGGAGCAGCGAGCUCCGGGAGUUCACUUCACACCGGCCCGUCGUCAGACCUGAACCGGCUCAGGUGCGAGUGACUCUGGCGCCUGUUCUCUUUGCUCCACUGGAGGGAAAACAACGUUUUACGUGUAAAUUCAUGUGAACUGUUUCUGUGCGUGAACCGUGAACCGCGGUGAGAGUCUGAGUCCCCUGCGACGCAGCGGUGGAUGAGACCGGACCGCGCGUAAAAGCUGCAGCCAAACGCACCAAAAUCUGACUUUUACGCGACAUUCCCUUGUCUUGGCGCACUGAGGUCGCACACAGCACAAACACACGGAGACUCUCGGAGUGUGAGAGCGGGUGAGAGCGGGUGAGAGCGCGUGUUUCCUGCGGAGGAUGAGCGUCCGAUGAGCCGCUGCUCCGGUGCGGAUGAGACGCCGGCACCAUGUCCUUUACGCACCGGAUCGUCCUGCUGCCGCAGCUGCUGCUGCUCGGACUCAGCGUCCUGCACACGGUUGAUGGAAAGUUUCCCAACUGCCAGUUCCAGUGGGAGAUUCAGAGAGCGGAGAGAGAGUGUCGGACGCAACUGAGGCAACAGACGCCCGCCAGCACAGGAUGCAGCGGCGAGUGGAACAACGUCGCCUGUUGGCAGAGCACGGCGGUCGGCGAGGUGAUGACCCUCCCCUGCCCCUCCCCCCUCAUCCACCUUUUUGGAAAAAACGGGAACCUCAGCAGGAACUGUACCGAGGGCGGCUGGUCAGACGUCUACCCCGUCAUCACCGUCGCCUGCGGGUCCAGCGACACCGACGAGCCCGGGGAGCUCGUCUUCUACAGAAUCGUGAUGAUCCUGUCGACUCUGGGCCACAGCCUGUCGCUCAUCGCUCUGCUCACCAGCACCGUCAUCAUCUGUUCAUUCAGGAGGCUCCGCUGCAUGAGGAACUACAUCCAUCUGAACCUGUUUGCGUCGUUCAUGCUGCGAGCCGCGGCCGUGCUCACCAAGGACGCUCUGCUCUUCUCCGACGACGAGAACACCGACUGCAGCACGCAGCCGUCGCUGGUGGGCUGUAAAUCCAGCCUGGUGUUCUUCAACUACUUCAUCAUGGCGAACUUCUUCUGGCUGCUGGUGGAGGGCCUCUACCUGCACACGCUGCUGCUCGUGGUCCACAGCUGCUCCACCCGCCUCUGCGUCUACAUGCUCAUCGGCUGGGGAAUCCCUUUCGUCUUCAUGGUGGCGUGGAUCAUUUGCAGGAUAAACCUGGAGGACACGAGGUGCUGGGAGAUGAACGAGAACCCGAUUCCCGACCGGCUGAUCAACUGGCCCAUCAUGGCGUCCGUCAUUAUCAACUUCAUCCUGUUCAUCAGCAUCAUUCGCAUCCUGGUGCAGAAGCUGCGCUGCACGGACGUCGGGGGAAACGAGCAGUCGCAGUACAGGCGCCUGGCGAAGUCCACGCUGCUGCUCAUCCCUCUGUUCGGGGUGAACUACAUGGUGUUCGUCUACCUGAUGGAGCCGCCGGAGAAGAACAUGAAGCGCAUCAAGAUCUUCUUCGACCUCGGCCUCGGAUCCUUCCAGGGUCUGAUUGUGGCUGUCCUGUACUGUUUCCUCAACAGCGAGGUGCAGAGCGAGCUGAGGAGGACCUGGAGGAGUUUGUCCCUCAAGCGCUGCGUGGGGCGGGACUACAGGCCGCACGCCGCAUCCGUCGGGCGAAAUGGCGGCGAACACUCCGCCCAGUUCCCCAGGAGCUCCCGCGCCCCGUCCAUCCUGCAGACGGAGACCACCGUCCUCUGACCGCGGGGGCGGAGGCGGCGUGAAGACGCUCAGGACUCGAGGUCGACUCGACGACCUUCAUCGUUUUGCUGCUGAGAUUUUUUUCUGAGCUGGAAAACUUCUGAACCAGAGCCAAGAAUGUGCAUCUUGCAUUUUUUUUCUUCUUCUAAUAUCGCAGGAAACAGUUUCUGAUCAGAAACUUCAAGAAACACAAUUUUUAUUCGUCCCUCUCUGACUAUUUUUUAUAUGAUUGAAUUAUUAUAACGAAUAUUUUCCUACAGAAUGUCGUGUUCUCAGUCGUCGUUCAACAGAUGAAUGUUUGCUUUAAUCAGCAGAUUUGUAGUUUUAAUGCCGACAACACAUUUCAUACAACUUUGUUCAAGCAUUUAACCCAAAGAUGAAAAAUAACAAAACAAAAAAUGAAUUUAUGUAUCAGAAAUAUGUUGUUUAAUCGCAUUUAUAUCCCCCCAAAACAUACAUUACAAUCAACACAUGGUGGUGGAGAAUCACUAAUCCAAUCAUAACUUUAUUAUUAUUGUUUUAAUUAUAUAGGGCCCAUGGGAGCAGACUAUAGGCACUUCCUUUGGAUUUGGAAUCUACUUUUUGAAUCAUUUUUAUAAAUCUAAAAAAAGAUCUUUAGGAAAACCUGUAAAAACAAAAGUGUAUUAGAGAUAUGAUUUUUUUCCUUCUUUCUUUUCUCUCCUCAUAAUCAUCUCACGGCUCCUCAGAUUUAUAUUUGACGAGAGGAAAAAGAACAGUUUUCAUGCGGGAGUCAAGGAAACGUGAAGGUUUUACUGUCGCUCAUGUGUGAGUCUUGAUGACGCGACGUCUCUGAGGCGCAAAAUAUUAAAAAAAUACAUAUAUAUUUUAUGUUCUACAUCAUGGAUUUCAGUGUAACUGUAACUUUGAAAGACAAUUAUAAGCAUUAACAUUUUAAAAAACCUGCAUCUUAUCAAGUGUGUGUCCAUAAAAAAAAAAGUUUUCUUCAAUCAAGUGACAAAAUCUGACUUUCCUCUCGACAUGAAUCAACUUGUGUGGGAAACUUUCUAGGAAAUAAUUGCCUCAGGAUUUUGAAAAGAAAUAUUCUAAAGAAGUGGAAUUUGUGCUGCAAAACCUUGUUUAUGAUUCAUGAAAUGAAAAUGUUUAGACGUUGUCGCAUCUCUCGAGGAGAAAACCACGGAUUUUAAAAAGUCCCUGCUCUUAA